AUGGAAGAAUACAAUGACAUAGAAAAGAGACUUUAUGAAAUAGAGAACGGCGAGGCUCCCACACCUGUCCUCUUCAUAACCGCGCGCACGAAAAAUGGAAGACCAUGCACAGGUUUUUGGAUACUUACGGGGGGCAAGUUGGUGCAGAUGAAGCAAUACCACAGCUACAGAUGCUUCGAGGAUCGAGACGAAACGGAAACCGGAAUUCUGAUAUGCUGCGCUAACAAAAAUAACAGAAGAUGUAAAGGUGCCACCAUCAUUUACACGAGGAAUGAAAAUAUCUAUGAGAAAACUACUAAUAAAAAUGUCACAAGAGUAAAAUUCGUAAAAGAGAAUAAUGACCGAUUAAAAGUCGGAAACUACUUCAGACAUGUGAUAGAGACGCCACACAUUUGUCAAGGGGAAUCCUUAUCCGAUGGCUUCACGUCUUUCAUCCGAUCACGAAUUCUUAACGCUGAGGAAGGUCCGGUUUCACUUGCACGAGAAUUGCGCUGCAUUCAAAGCUGUCCUAGACUUUCGAAAAUCAAGGUGUCGAUAGCUGUAUUGAAGAAAGCAGUCAAGAUUCAACAUAAGCAAUUUUUUGCGAUGUAUCCAGAAUCAAGAGACCACUACUUCAAAAACAACGUACAAAAACCAAUUGUAAUCGACCUGACCGAACAUGACCUACCUCCAACAGAAGUGAUUGUCGUCGACGAAGAAGAUGAAGUUCAAGUUCCAAAAACUCCAAGACCAUUGUCCAGAAGAAAAACGACGUACGUUUAUUCUACUCCUGUUCAAAACUCAUCAAAGAAAGAAAAUUACGUUUACAAAACUCCAAUUCAAAGCUCGCCACCGAAAUCGACUUUUGUCACGCCUACAAAUACACCAAAAACAACACCAAAAAGAACUCCAAGAAGAACGCCUUCAGAGCCUUCUCGCCGAAGCGCCCGUAUUCAAGGACUGCCUCCACUGACUCCAUGCUUGAAGAAACGAUUCAAGACUAAAGAUUACGAGGCGCCUGAAGAAAUAGUUGGCAAUGAAGAUGCUGUGGAUUUGCCCGAGACGCACGAUAUACCUCCUCCAGUAACACCAGUCAAAAGAACUCGCUUUCAACAUCAAGAAGACUUGUCUGAGGACGAAGCGCCAUUUUCGUUCAACCCGGAUACUCCGAAUUUCACACCUUCCUCAGCAAGAAUCUCUUCAAAUUCACAUGAAAAUAUUCAACAGGAGCCUCUCGGCGACCGUCAGUUGCUUUCGCAAAAGAAAAAUUGUAAUGAGACGGCUAAAGAUUUUUCGCAAGAAGAUCAGACUCCCUUAACACCGCUAGAAGCUCCAACCUCUGAACAAGCUUCUCCAAUGGAUGAUUCCCAAGUUUCGCCAACGUUAGAUCUCACAGAUCCAGAUAUUGAUGAGCUUGAAGAAUUCAUCAAUGGAACUCUGCCUUCAAAAUUUGAAAAAUCAACCGAUCUCGACAUAUCGAGGGAGAUUCCCAUGCCCUGCGACAUUUCACAAGAGAAUAUCAUUCCAGAUGAGCAUCUGAAAAAUGAACAGUUUCAACAAGGAUCACUUCCAAAUUUUGGCGACUCUGGCUUUCCAACUGUAUUAACAAAACGAAGAGGAAUAACAAGGAAACAUAAUCUGUCACUUGAAAACGAAGAAGGAUGCAGCUCACGUGGCAGUUCAACUGGCCUUCGAGGCUUAAUUGAAGAAGGUUCUCCAUUAUCACCUCGUGUCAGCUUCAAAACUGAAACUGCCGAAGAGAAGCCUGACAAAUUCGAACCGCCCGAUGAAACUUUAGUGAAACUCAAGCGUCGAAAAAAACCCUUAAUUAUUUCACCAAAGCGAGUAACAAGAAAAGAAGAAGAUCAGGUUUUGAAACCAGCAAGUGAUAAAAAACCAAUUAUACUGAAAAGGAGGAACAAAAAAGACCAAUCUUCUGGUCGUAUUACUCCGAGCGGCAUUUCACCCAAAAAUCAUUCAUCAUCAAACUCCCAAAUUGAACCUUCAGCGACGCCGACAAAGGAUAUCAUCAAAAGUGUGUUCUUGAAAAACGCGUUCAAAGUACCGACCUUCGAAUUCAUGGAACAAAUCAGAACUCCGAAGAAACCAAGCACAAACAACAUUCAUUUGUAUAAAAAUUUUACCCAAGGACUUGGAGAAAUGAUCAAAAAGAUUGAAAUCUUUCGACGGGAAAAUCAGCUUCCGAAUUCAAUAAUGGGUGUUCCAUCGAUUCAAGAUGCUGCAGCUAUUUUAUGUCUUCUAAACGAUUUACGAAGCAUCAUUCAAUCCUGA